AUGGUCGGCUCAUGUGAUGUUCGAUUUCCAAUACAGUUGGAGGGUUUGUGCUUAACUCAUACUCAGUUCUCAACCUAUGAGCCCGAACUGUUUCCUGGAUUGAUCUAUCGCAUGGUUAAGCCACGUGUGGUAUUGCUCAUCUUCGUAAGUGGAAAAGUGCAAUUUUUUUUUUCUGUUCAGGUGGUCAUAACGGGUGCCAAAUACAAGAAGGAUAUCGAUGAUGCGUUCAAUCAAAUUUAUCCCAUAUUGAAAGGUUUUAAGAAGUAA